CUGAGUGCUGACAGAACUGGGUGAUGAAACUAAAAAGAUGAGGCAAACAUGUAAUAGUGAUGGUGGAGUGGGUUCCACUGAAAAUGUUAAAGCCCGGGGAAUAACUAUUUUCUCCAUAUUCGUCGACACUCCAGCUGCCGCACCGAAUCCUGAAACCAAGCUAUUGGCUGACUUCAAGAAAGACACUCAUCUCAGCAAAGUGUACUUGGCGGGAAGAGAGUAUCUCAACGAGGAAGGUCAGACCUCUGUGAGCCCGCUCAUUGGGAAAAUAAUGCAACAGAUCUGCACAGACCCCACUCUCUGUCCAGAGUAUCCAUCAUCCGUUGGCCUUCCAGAAUUCACCAGGAGAGCAACAGAAUUGGUUUUGGGCAGGGACUGCCAUGCCAUCGUGGAGAACAGGGUGUUGGGUGUGCAGACUGUGGGCUGUACUGGGGCUGUUCGUCUGGGGGCUGAGCUCUUGAAGCACUGGUACAAUGUGAGAGGUGUCUGGUGUGGGCCAGUCUAUCUCUCCUCCCCCUGUGAUGAUUCCUUGGCUGGUAUCUUUGAGGCAGCAGGGAUCCAGGAUGUCCGUCGGUAUCGGUAUUGGGAUACAGAGCAGAGGGGUGUGUGUGUGCAAAAAAUGAUGGAGGAUCUGGAGAUGGCUCCAGAGCAGAGUGUCAUUGUUCUGUCUGCUUCUGCUCACUGCCCUACUGGUUCAGAUCUCUCCCAGAAGCACUGGAGACUCCUCACACAGCUUAUGGUGAGGUGUAGGUUUUUCCCUUUCUUCCUGCUGCCUGCACAGGGCCUAUGCCAUGGGGAUUUUGAACAAGAUGCCUGGCCAGUGCGUCUGUGUGCCUCUCUGGGGAUGGAGCUUCUGUGUGCCCAGUCCUUCUCCCACAGCUUUGGGCUUUACGGCGAGCGCGUUGGACACCUCUUAUGUGUCCUAAAGCAGAGCUCCACACUGCUAGCUGUUCAGUCCCAGGCCGAGAAGCAGGUCAGGGCUUUGUGGUCCCGGCCAUCUGUUGGAGGAGCUCGUGUGGUUGCCACGGUGCUCAGUAACCCUGCCCACCAUGUGGAGUGGCAGGAAGGAGUGAAGAGUAUGGUGGAGAGGGGCAUACUGGUCAGAGAGAGGUUGAGAGAGAAGCUAAGGCUUCUUGGAUGUCCUGGCAGCUGGGAUCACCUGAUCCAGCAAGGUGGACUGUACUGUUGCACUGGGCUGAAUGUCCAACAAGUGGAAUUCCUGGAAAAGAGAAGACAUAUCUACCUGCAUCCCAAUGGCUGUCUGAAUGUGAGUGCUAUCAAUAGCCGUAACCUAGACUAUGUAGCUGAGUCCAUCCACCUAGCAUUGACCUCUGUCUUCUGAUGUCGAUUACAAUACCUGGGGCCUCAUUUAUAAAACUGACUUUUGAUCAAAAGUAUGACUUACGCAGAAAACCACGUAUAAGUAGUUAUUUAUAAAWACUUUACUUUGACGUGGAAAUUAUCUUAUCCCUACGCAAAGUCUAGACUUGAUGUAGGUGACUUUCCUGCUGGUUAUGUAGGGCUAUUCUUUUURCCCCUUGCAGUUUAAGGUCAGACACUUUCUUUUUCACAUCAGCCACAGUUCUGUCUUGCUGCCCCACCUCGUUCACUGCAGCGGCGACACACUCCCAAGCUACCUGUUUGGCUUUGUUUGUCAACCCACRGAAUAAUACGUGUUUCCUGUCUUCAAUCUCGUCUACCAUCGCUGUGAUCUCGUCUUUCAAAAAGUUUGCUUUUCUCUUUUGGUCCAUGGCUAUUCCUGACUAAACUCUCAUUUGUGCUAGCAUUCUAUAAGGGGAAAUCACUGAUUGUAAGGCAUGUGCCGUCAUGUGCCGUCAAUUUUAAGUUAAUUUUAGAUUUAUAGAUCACAGGUGCGUACGUUACAAAAUGGGCUUCUUAGAACUUGUGUAAGCAAGGUUUUUUAUGCUCAUUAUCUUUUAUGAAUCGAUUGUAAGCACACCGUCGGAAAUGAUCUUACGACUAAGUUCAAGUAUAAAUGAGGCCCCUGGUGACAGCCUCCAUAAAAUCCUUAUUCAGCUUGACUAAAUCAUGUGAAGGAAGCAUCUUUAUGUCACAUACAAUACCAAACGAAUUAGGGCUGGAUGCAUAAGGAAAAUGUCUGUUAUCAUUUAUUGAAACAAAUUAACAAUUGACUUUAGAAUGUAGAGUGUAACAUCCAAGCGUUAAAUUAGAGGUAGGGAUUAGGGAAUAUGAAUUAUGGCAUAUGGUAUUUUCAACCUACAUAGCUGGAACAUAUUGUAGACCUAUAGUUGUGGUGUGGUAGUCCAGUAAGGAGCACUCUUUCCUCUGGUCCAAGUAGAUCCUAAUGCCCUAGUUGGGUAAAAGGGUUCUUGUGUAGUCAAGACAAGGGUCCAUCUUUUGGAUGAGAUGUUAAAUAGAGACAACUAUUGUGACACUUACAAUAUGGAGGUAGUAGAGGGAUUGUCCUAGCCAAGUUCCCAGUCGGAUUCUAGUAGGCCUAUCAGUCUGCCAUUUAAUAAUCUUUGAAUUCUUCAUCCUCUUCACUGCAAUGACUAUUAUUUGUGCUCACAGAACACUCACAGGACACUGCCCAAUUGGAUAGUUUCACCCUUUUGUAAUUUUMAACAUGUUAUUUUAACUGUAGUGAUAACGUAACCAUGAAGUUAUUAAGGUCAACUUUUUUAGUUCUUUAUUGACCAAUUUAUUUUAUACUGUAGCCUAUUGUUUUGUGGCACAUUGAAAGAUAUUAUUUUGAAUGCAUACAGGUAGUUCCAUGGUAGAAGGUAAAAUAAAUGUGCAGUGACAAAUAAUUAAAAACCUUCUUAAGACUUUUAAGAUGAAGUGUACUAUACCAAUUUUCAUAAUAAGAUGGUGCUCAUGUCAUUAGGAAAUAAAUCCAUGUUGUUUACCUGAAUAUUGAUUGUUUGACUUAUGUUACUUUUACUACCUAAAUCUAAAGGCAUGGCUGCGAAUUAGUUUUCGUCCAUGCCCACCCCGCCCUUCUGGAAACCUCUUUCUCAAAACUACGGAUCUGGAUCACGUUCGCCGUGUUAUUUUAUUCACCAUUUUUUUUCUACGCAGCUGCUGCUCAUACUCCAUCUCCCUUCACGUUUCUCUAUUUACUUACCCUCUCCUGAAACAUGAUGAUGUAGCCUAUGUCUCUGUCUCGUAUUUCUGAACAGCUGAAGUAAAAACCCUGUGGCGAGUUGAACGAACAUUCAAGGCCAUUAUGAAGGCUACAACCUCUGUUUGUUGUAACGGAUAUUGCAGUUGCACAAGCAGGACGCAGUCCCUACACAUUGCAUUGGAGCUAAAACAAUCUAUGUUUUGUGUGAUGAUGUAAGCUAGUCUUUGUAGUUGCUGUCAUAUCGUAGCCACUAGCCAGAGUUGUUGAAAAAGAACACUACUACUCUGUGACUGCUUGUCUACCUCCUGCUUAGCCAUUGUUUGCAAUGAUGACAAAAACAAUAACAUUACAUCGCUAAUUAGACUGCGUCUUUGUUUUGCUUGUGUUUGAUGUACUGUCUAGAUAGCUGCAUGUAACRCCCCACUUGAGUUUUGCAUUGGGCAAAAACACAAUCUGCGAGUUUGUAUGAACAUGUUGAUCAUGUCUUUUGUGUACAACAUGUAAAUAGCUACAUGUAGCCUAACUCCCCAACUGAAAAAAUAACAUGAAAUCGAGCUUAAUCUGCUUAGUUUACAACAAAGACGUUCAUCGCCGAUCAAGGAGGGGAAAGUAGCACUGAGCAGUAUCUACGUAGGCAGAAGAGUGAGCAGCAGCUACGCAUAAAAAAUCCUGCUCAUGUGCAGAAACUCCUUAUUUUUAUCCACGGUAAAGCAGGUUUCCAGAAAAUCCGAACAGCAGCCCUCCGAAAUCUAAAACAUGAAAUGUUCAGUGUCAUACACAUGAAUACACUACUACASUUGUUGUACAUUCACACUCUGAUUCCCCAUUGGAGUCCAGUUGUUUCAGCCAAAAAAAGAAUGGCAUGCACUAACAUGUUUUAGAGUUAUACCCUUUUCAUACAUAGGACGCCGCUACAGUAACGGGUCAAUAGCGACAAUCGAUAACCGUUCAGACAAGUCUACCRUUUUAGACAGUAGAAUUCUGCUCCGGCAUAGAAUGUUCUGUAUUUAUUCCCUGACAACAAUAAA